AUGAGUAGAGCUCCUGUUCUCCGUCGGCGGAUCCUCUCCGGGGUGACCUUGGAUGCGAGGCAUUCCUUCUACUCCCCGAAUGGGAUACCCAACAGACUGCCUUAUUUCUCUACACAAAGGAGUUUUGGCAAUGUCCCAAAGCGAUAUGCUCUGGGCCGCGACCGUCCCUGGGUAUCCUAUGCGCUUGUUCUUUCGGCAUCCGCCGCAGCGAGCAUAUACCUCUACGCGCAGAAGCAAGGCAAAAUACGACUCGAAGGCGCCCAGGAGAAGAGUCACGGUGCAGACCCGUCGCUGAAUCCCAAUGCGAAGGAAGUAAUGCGCCAACAUUCGGGUACAUCUCCCGCCCAUAUCGCCGACCUUCCUAGGGAAAAGGCUGUCUUGACGACAGCCCCCGACGUUCCUCCCCCUAUCGAACGCGACCAUCCUGUGCUGUUAGAAGUCCCGCUGGAAACAACGACCAAGAUGAUCCAAUUGACAAGCGCUUAUAAAUAUGAGGCAUGGACGUUCAACGACUCCGUCCCGGGGCCCUUCAUCCGCGCCCGGGUCGGCGAUGUGGUCGAGCUCUCUCUGACGAACCGCGACGAGACAGGAAACCCACACAACAUCGACUGCCACGCCUUUUUAGGCCCCGGAGGCGGAUCAGCCAUUACCACCGCCUCCGAGGGCGAGACAAAGAAAGCCUACUUCCGGCUCAUGUGUCCCGGUGUGUUUAUCUACCACUGCGCCGCCGCUCCCGUGCCGGUGCACAUUGCCAACGGCAUGUACGGGCUGAUAUAUGUGCAGCCGGAGGAGGGCGACCUGCCCCCCGUGGACAAGGAGUACUAUGUGAUGCAGAGCGAGUUCUACCACGAGCCGCCGGAGAAGCUGGACAACGGGCGAUUGUCGCCGGAGGUGGAGUUUUCCUAUCCCAAUGGGCUGCGCGAAGAACCGAGCGUGGUGGUCUUCAAUGGCCACGAAGCGGCCGUGACGCGAGACAAGCCGCUGAAGGCGCGGAUUGACGAGACCGUGCGGAUCUUCUUCGGCAAUGCAGGGCCCAAUCUGACGAGCUCGUUCCACAUCAUCGGCAGCAACUUUACCAACCUCUACCGCGACGGAGAUGUGAUCAGCCCUCCCGGGCGGUUCGUGCAGACGACGAGCGUGCCGCCCGGAUCUGCCACGAUUGUCGAUAUGAAGAUGGUGGUGCCAGGGACGUAUACUCUGGUUGACCAUGCGAUAUUCCGCCUGGACAAGGGGGCGGUGGGUUAUUUGAAUGUGUCGGGUCCGGAGAGAAGAGAACUUUAUGGCAGCAAUGAGGCUCCGGCACCCUAA